AUGUCGCUUUCUAUCCACCCUUUCGACCCCCUCCAGCCUGAUGAGAUCUCCAGGGCUGCAGACAUUGUCCGGCCGCACUUUGCUGGCCGGGACAUCAACUUCCGCGUCAUCACCUUGAGAGAGCCCCCCAAGAAGGAGAUGAUCCGCUUCCUCGAAAAGGAGCAUCGCAACCAACCAACGGGCCAGGCUCCGACACGAUGUGCGCGCGUCGAGGUGGUGCUCGAAAGCAAGACUGGUAACCAUGAGCUCUUUGAACUGUUGGCCGACCUCGACAACAGCCGCGUCACGGCCAAGCAACACCACAAGGGCAAGCACUCCUACAUUGACUCGGAUUACAUGAGAAAGGUUGAGGAGGCCUGCUUGGCCAACAAGCAAGUCCAGGACGAGAUCCGCAGUCUCAACCUUCCCGCAGGCGCCACUGUUGUCGUUGAACCGUGGGCAUAUGCAACUGAUGGAAUGAACGACAUGACCCAGCGUGUCACCAUGUGCUGGUUCUAUCUCCGCCUGCUGGAGAAUCCGGAUGCAAACUACUACGCCUACCCACUCGAUGUGUGUGCCGAAGUCUCGGAGCAGUUGCAAGUCACGAAGGUCUACCGUCUGCCUACUACCCCGCACGAGCGAAUUCACAACGAGCCCCGUCCCUUUGAUCGACAGAGAAUCCACGCCACUGCCGCAAGUGAAUACCACCCUGAUCUACGACCCAGCCCUAGGACCACGACCAAGCCAUACCAGGUCAUCCAGCCCGAAGGCCCAUCCUUCAAGAUCCGCGGGAACUACCUGACCUGGGAGAAGUGGAGCUUCCGAGUCGGCUUCAACUACCGUGAGGGCAUGACUCUCCACGACAUCUGCUACGACGGACGAAGCCUCUUCUAUCGCCUAUCCCUUGCCGAGAUGUUUGUCCCCUACGGCGACCCCCGCGCUCCUUAUCCCCGCAAAGCGGCUUUUGAUUUGGGUAACGACGGAGCGGGAAUCAACGCCAAUAACCUGCAGCUGGGCUGUGACUGUCUUGGAACUAUCAAGUACUUUGACGGCUACCACAACACCAGCGCCGGAGAGCCCAUGAGGAUGCCCAACGUCAUUUGCUGCCAUGAGCAGGAUGAUGGUAUCUUGUGGAAGCACACCAACUUCCGAACCGGAAACGCCGUGGUGACUCGUUCUCGAAUUCUUGUGCUACAGACCAUCAUCACUGUCAGCAACUACGAGUACAUCUUUGCCUUUCACUUCUGCCAGGAUGCCUCCAUCUUUUACGAAGUCCGCGCCACUGGAAUCCUCUCCACAGUGCCCGCCGAAGUUGGCCUCAAGGAAAAGGUCCCCUACGGCACAGUUGUUGCACCAGGAGUCUUGGCUCCCUACCACCAGCACAUCUUCAGCCUCCGCAUUGACCCUGCCGUGGAUGGCCACGCCAACUCGCUUGCCAUCGAGGAAUCCAAGGCCUUGCCCGUCGGGGAUCCAGCUGUACACAACCCAUUCGGUGUCGGUUACGUGACGGAGCAAAAGAUCGUUGAGCAAGAGGGGGGGUUCGAUCUCGACUUCACAAAGGCCCGCGUCUUCAAGUUUAUCAACGAGAACAAGAUAAAUCCCAUCACAAACACGCCCGUGGGGUUCAAGCUCAUGCCCGCCUACAGCCAGAUGCUCCUCUCCCACCCAGACUCUUUCCACGCCAAGCGGUCAGAGUUUGGCAAGCAUGCAGUUUGGGUGACGCGAUAUGAAGACGAUGAUCACUUCCCCUCUGGAAAGCACACGAUGCAAUCAUCUGGCGGUGAUGGCAUUGCCUCGCGUAUUUCGGAGCGUAACAGCACGGGAGUCUCCCAGUCGGUGAGGAACAGUGACAUUGUUAUCUGGCACACCUUUGGUUCAACCCACAACCCCCGAAUCGAAGAUUGGCCUGUUAUGCCUAAUGAAAAGAUGAUGGUCGGUCUCAAGCCUGUCAACUUCUUUUCUAGCAAUCCGAGCCUAGACGUGGCCGUGUCGACUCAGGAGAAGAACAAGAGCAUUCUGUACACGGAGGAGGAGAAGCCUAGCCAUUGCUGCCACUCUAGGCUGUAA